ACAACAGGCAAGGGGGUGGGUGGAUACGGAUAAGGUUCAGAGACCCCGACCCGCACUACCCACGAUCGAGACCUCCACAGGAUCCCCAAUCCACCUCUUGUAUGGCGCAGCCGAAGGGGCAUAGUGGUCACUGCCGCUCCCCUCGCUACCCCGACGGUCACCGGCGCGCCACGGACGGAACCUCCUGGUUCGAAGAGGAGGUGACGACGACGAGGUCGUGGCCACCAGCGCCGAUGCCAAGGCUCGCCAGAGCCCACGAGCCGCCACGACGGCCGGGGCGGCGAAGACCCACUCGAAGAGACGGUCAAAGCUCCGUUAGGCACGACUCCUAGAGCCCGCGGCCAUUUCCAUCUGCGACGGGGCGAGUCCGUUGGAUUCAAUCCCACGAAUGCGAGCGCCUCCUCCGUGGUCACCUCGGUGCGCAACGACUCGGGUAAGUAGCCGUGUGAGAGGCGACUCGGUCGACGUCCUCGACAGAGGGUAUCGGCAUGCGCGGAGGCAGCUAGUGCGCCGACGGAGGAGAGGGCGAAGGCGGGUCACCGGCUGCGGGCGUGACGGCGUCCGCGUGCAGCAUCGGCGCGACAAGGAAGGCGAACAGCCACGGGUCAAGACCGAGGGCAUGCGCGGCAGUGCCAAGGCCAACGGGAGCGUCCUGGGCAGCGUUCACUACGACGCACUGGCCAGCCACGGCAUGUCGAGGGGCGUGGUAACCGCCCCGGGCGGCACCACCAGUGGCACCCCGGCCACGACCAGCGACACUCAGACUGCGUCCAGCAGCAGCACGGCAACGACAAGCAAGGAAACGACUCUGACGGUUGUCCUCACUGAUGAGGCAGAGGAAAAGGAAGUGAGGGGCGACAUCUCACCGGCGAGAGUAUAUAUAUCUCCCGGAGAGAAGCGACGAUCUAAGAAGUCUCGUCGGUUCCAAGAAGAGAGGAAGUUGCGCCGGUUACGGGAGGAACCGCCCGACGAUUUGACCAUGGGGAGAUUUUUUUUCCUUAAUUACAUCAUGUAACUAAUCUUAACAGAAUGCAUCCAACAAAGGUGGUGUCUCUGGCGUUGCGCAGUCUCGGAUGCAUGAAAGGCGUCGAUGGGCAAUGUCUUGGCUUGGUUCGGUUGGCCAAAUGUCGUUCGAUCACAUUGGUGGUGCUAGGUUGUGUCUUCCCUCUUUGUUCUUCCCGUGUUGGUAUGUUGUGGUGUAUGUUGUUUUCUGCUUUAUCUCUUCUCCUUAUGUUUCCUUUGUAAUUCCGGUUCGCUUUAACCUAUCUUGGUUGAGGGGCAUUCCCCUCCUGAAAAUUCCCUUGUAAUUCCGGUUCGCUUGAACCUAUCUUGUAAAAAGGCUGGUUGAUGGGCCUUUCCCUUCUCC